AUGCAGGUAAAUCACGCAAUCUACGCAUCGGAGCGAAAUGGUUGUCUGAUUUCAUCUCUCCACUUACACUACAUCCAUCACAUUUCUUUCACUAUUUCGCGUUUUGCUCCAAAUGCCGGCAGCGAGAUUAAGCACUUCUUCCAAAGUGAUCCACUGGGUAAAAAGUUGGUUGAAGUAAUGAAGGAAGUGGCGAGUGUGUGCCAGAUGGUGAGGAAGAAGGCACGCAUGGCACUGAAGCAAUAUGUGAGAAAUUUGUUAAAUGAGGCUGAGUAG